AAGGUCUAACGUGUAACUGCAUGAAGCUGUCAACGUCCGCAGAGUGAAACCAAGUUCGUGUUUACAUCCCGUGGGGAGCCUCGAAUGCAAUAUCCUGCGCACGAGUGGGGGAGUGGGAGGGUCUAAGAAGAAGAAGAAACAGAAGAAGAAGAAGAAGAAGAGGGUGAGGGGUGACACGCCGCCGAAACUUGAUCCCGCUUUGGGCCCUUUAAAGGAAGAUGGGUCUGCUACUCAAUGAAAGCCGGGAGGAGCAUGUGUGUGCGUGCACACAUACGCACACACACACACACGCACGCGCACACGCACGCCAGGCAAUUGAGGGGGCUGCCGGGAGCUCCAUCAAAAACGGGGAAGAAUGAAUGAGAGGACGGAGGCGAGCCCGGUGGACGUUGGGAACGUGGGACUGUGAGUGGAGUCAAGCAGGCAAAAAGUCCGAGGGAAAUCGUGGCCAUGGCCGACGUGCUGGAGGGCGGCGCUGCUGCGGGACGCGUGGGAGCCUCCGGCGUGGAUUGGCAGAAGCGCUGCGUGGCUCUGGAGAUGCAGCUGCUGAGGUUCCGACUCCAAGCGGGGAAAAUCCGGGAGCUGCUAGCCGAGAAGAUGCAGGAGUUGGAGCAGCGGGUGAUCGAGGCCGACCAGCGUGCCGAGAGCGCGGAGAAACAGAUCCACACCAUGGAGGAAAAACUCAAGUCGGCAAAUGUCCAAAGCAGAGGGUCCGAAAGCUUAUUGAACAGGAAGUAUCAAGACCUGAGCGCCCGGGUCCAAGAAAAAGAUGCCACCAUCAAGAGAUUAGAGAUACAGCUCGAAAAACAGAUCGUAGUCAGAGCCCAGGAGGCGAAAAUCAUUGAGGAGAAGGCGGCCAAGAUUAAAGACUGGGUGACGAUAAAGCUCCGAGAGCUGGAGCAAGAGAACCAGCAGCUUCAAGAGGCCAACGGGAAGCAGACGCAGCAGAUCAGGUUGCUGCAGGACAAACUACAAGCUCUUUUAGAGAAACCGGUCACGUAUCCCGCUGGAUCGCCCGUAAGCUCCCCCAGGGCAGACGUCCACCCGGGACCUGGCAGUCCCCCGUUUCCUCAUAGCGGUCGCGGUACGUCACCCUCAUCAGAUGACAGCAGGAGCCCGGCGGUCGCCCGCGGAGCCGCCAAAAACUUGCCAACGGAUUUGAAAAGAUCUCCAGAACUCACCCGUAAAGGGAUUUGCAAAGGCUGCAUUCCAACCCCCAAUCCUCACUCACAAGGCCAAAGCAGGAAGAACCCCGGACCAGAACCCGUCAGCUGCUCCGAGGGUAAAGACAACUCGGACAAACUGAACAGCAAGUUCGGCUCCCAGUGCCUUCACUCGUCCUCGUCAUCUUCGUCUUCUUCCUCAGCGUACGAGAUGGCCCAAGCACCCCCCGGCUCCUCAAAGUCUCCCCCCCGGCACGCUCCCCAAAGCUCAUCUGUGCCACGUUCGCCCUCUACAAACAACCCCUUUCCACGUGCCGAGAGCGCGGAGAAACAGAUCCACACCAUGGAGGAAAAACUCAAGUCGGCAAAUGUCCAAAGCAGAGGGUCCGAAAGCUUAUUGAACAGGAAGUAUCAAGACCUGAGCGCCCGGGUCCAAGAAAAAGAUGCCACCAUCAAGAGAUUAGAGAUACAGCUCGAAAAACAGAUCGUAGUCAGAGCCCAGGAGGCGAAAAUCAUUGAGGAGAAGGCGGCCAAGAUUAAAGACUGGGUGACGAUAAAGCUCCGAGAGCUGGAGCAAGAGAACCAGCAGCUUCAAGAGGCCAACGGGAAGCAGACGCAGCAGAUCAGGUUGCUGCAGGACAAACUACAAGCUCUUUUAGAGAAACCGGUCACGUAUCCCGCUGGAUCGCCCGUAAGCUCCCCCAGGGCAGACGUCCACCCGGGACCUGGCAGUCCCCCGUUUCCUCAUAGCGGUCGCGGUACGUCACCCUCAUCAGAUGACAGCAGGAGCCCGGCGGUCGCCCGCGGAGCCGCCAAAAACUUGCCAACGGAUUUGAAAAGAUCUCCAGAACUCACCCGUAAAGGGAUUUGCAAAGGCUGCAUUCCAACCCCCAAUCCUCACUCACAAGGCCAAAGCAGGAAGAACCCCGGACCAGAACCCGUCAGCUGCUCCGAGGGUAAAGACAACUCGGACAAACUGAACAGCAAGUUCGGCUCCCAGUGCCUUCACUCGUCCUCGUCAUCUUCGUCUUCUUCCUCAGCGUACGAGAUGGCCCAAGCACCCCCCGGCUCCUCAAAGUCUCCCCCCCGGCACGCUCCCCAAAGCUCAUCUGUGCCACGUUCGCCCUCUACAAACAACCCCUUUCCAAAUCCCGCCCAGGCAGCGGCUCCCCAGUCAGGCGCCAGCCUGACUUUACCCAAGAUCCGGACUCCGCUCACACCCCGGGACAGCAUCCAGCUGGUGAAGAAGCACUUCAGCCAGCCCCAGCACAGCCUGGACCGACUCCACCAGCUAGUCAGCAUCGACAUCAUGACGCCCUUGUCCACUUGCUCCACCCUUACCGCCAGCACGUCGCCCUUCUCCCAGCCCGUCGAGGAAACGGACAUUGACGACAAGUUCCCAGAUAGCAUGGACGGCGUAGUGGAAGGGUCUGGAUCGGAGGAGCCCACGCAGCGGGACGGGCUCCCUCUUGCGGGUCACUCGGAGGAAUUAGAGAGAUUGGAAGCUGACGUUCCAAAACCACCGACGCCUCCCUUACAUCGCUUCCCUUCGUGGGAGAGUCGAAUCUACGCCGUGGCCAAGGCUGGAAUGAGAGUAUCUGAGUCGUCUCCUGGAGCCAGGUGCCCCGGUCGAGGGUCCAUCUUGCCCCUGUGCCCAGCGGCCAGUCCAUUUGCGCAGCUGAUUUACAAGAACAUCAGCGUUCCGGUGUACACCACACUUAAAGGGAAAGCCACUCAGAUCAGCGCGGUGCCUCUGUGGGAUAACGACGAUUCGAGUUCCGAGGACGACAGCGGCUCCCUCGCCAGCUUGCGCACCUCCAUGCUGAGUCCAGACAAGCGGGGCGGCGUCCCCGGGAGUCCCCGUGCUGUCAAGAGAGGUGUGUCCAUGUCGUCCAUCAGCUCAGAGAGUGACUACGCCAUCCCACCCGACGCCUGCUCCCUGGACAGUGACUAUUCGGAACCAGAACACAAAGUCCAGAGGACCUCGUCCUACUCCUGUGAGAGCACCGGGCCUGAGACGCUGGAGAAAUGCGGCUACCUUCUGAAGAUGAGCAGUCAGGUGAAGGCGUGGAAACGUCGCUGGUUUAUCCUGAGGAACGGAGAGAUCCUCUACUAUAAAUCUCCUUUUGUAAUAUUAUGUAAAAUUACUUUAUUUAAAAGCACCCUGCAUUUUUUUGUCCUGACAUAUUUCCAGUUGGUUACGGAGAAGAAGACUUUCUACCUGACGGCGGAUUCACCCAACAUUCUGGAGGAGUGGAUCCGAGUUUUGCAGAACAUCCUAAAAGUUCAGGCCAGCAGCCCAGUCAGUGUGGAGCCCACCUCUGCCAAGCCCACUGUGACAGGCUGGCUCACUAAGGUCAAACAUGGGCAUUCCAAGCUGGUGUGGUGCCGUUUGGUCGGAAAGGUCUUCUACUACUAUCGCAACCAGGAAGACAAGCUGCCCUUGGGCCAGCUGCAGCUGCGCUCGGCGUCCGUCCAGGAAGUGGACCGCUCGUGCGACUCAGACGAGGACUACGAGGCGGGCGUCCGCGGCGGCUUCCUGUCGUCACACUGCACCCUGGUGCUGAAGCCCGCCAACCAGAGCCCCUCGUACCUCCUCGUCGGCACCAAACAGGAAACGGACGCAUGGUUGUACCACUUGUGCGUGGCGGCGGGAAGUGGCGGGAACCUGAAGGUGGGCACCGAGUGCGAGCAGCUCAUCGGUAAACUGCUGGACGCAGACGGAGAUGCAGAAUGCAGCCUGUGGCAGAGCGACGCCCUGAGCUUCUCCAAGGAAGGUCUGCGCUCGCCGCUCACCACGUUGCCCUCGGACGCCCUGCAGACAGAAGCGCUCAAGCUCUUCAAGUCAUGCCAGCUGUUCAUCAACGUGCUUGUGGAGUCUCCGUGCGUGGACUACCACACGUCGCUGGCGCAGAACGCCCUGCAAGUGUGCCUGUCACACCCGGAGCUGCACAACGAGAUGUACUGCCAACUCAUCAAGCAGACCAACCGCCGCACGCCGCACAACUACUCCGUCACGCAGUGUUGGCAGCUGCUGUCGUUGUGCGUGGCGCUCUUCCUUCCCCAGCAGCACUUCCUCUGGUACCUCAGGCAGCACCUGCGUCGAAAUGCCGAACCCAGUAGCGACGUGGGCAAGUACGCAGUGUAUUGCCAGCGCUCCCUGGAACGAACGCUGCACAACGGCGAGCGGGAGGCCAAACCGUCACGCAUGGAGAUCGUCUCCAUCCUUCUGAGAAACCCCUACCACCAUUCGCUGCCCUUCAGCAUCCCCGUGCACUUUAUGAACAACACUUACCAGGUGGUGGGUUUUGAUGGCUCCACCACUGUGGAGGAGUUCCUCAACACUCUGAACCAGAGGAUAGGCAUGCGGAGUCCUCAGCUGUCCGGCUUUGCGCUCUUUACCGAUGACCCGUCCGGAAAAGACCUGGAGCACUGUUUGCUGCCCACUGCCAAGAUUUGUGACGUUAUUUCCAAGUGGGAGCAGGCCCUCAAGGAGCAGCACCCGGGGAAGAAUGAGGGCACGCGGAUUGUACGGUUAACUUACAAGAACAGGCUUUGCUUCCGCUCUCAGGUUAAGGGUGAGACGGAGCGCGAACGCCUCCUGCUGGCCCAUCAGGUAAAUGACAACGUGCAGCAGGGCCACUUUCCCGUCAACAAAGAGCUGGCGCUGGAGGUGGCUGCCCUCAUGGCGCAGGUGGAACACGGCGAUCUGGAGCGAACGGCCGCCGCCCCUCCCUCAGCCUCCACACCCGCUUCGCCUCAGCCCAAGUCUCAGCUGCUGCUCCUGCAGGCAUUGGAGCGCUUUUACCCCAAACGCUACAAACACAAUUGCAGCGCCGAGCAGCUCAGGGAGCUGAGCGAGCGUUUGUCGGCCAGGUGGUCCAUGCUACGCGGCUGCAGCGCGGCCGAGUGCGUGAGAAUUUACUUGACGGUGGCGCGCGGGUGGACCCUGUUUGGGGCCAAACUCUUCAGUGUCAAGGCUGUGCCCCCCGCACCUCACGAGCAAGGCCCGGCCUGGUUGGCCGUCAACGAGGACGGGCUAUGUGUGUUGGACUACGCCAUGCACACGCUGGCCUCGUACUCUUACCAGUCGGUGGUUACCUUUGGCGGCUGCUGCGACGACUUCCUGCUGGUAGCCAGUCAGCAGACGGAGUCAGGAUGCGGGAAGAAGAGCGUGGAGAAGCUGCUGUUCGCCAUGGCCAAACCAAAGAUCCUGGAGUUGACUCUGCUCAUGGCCAGCUACAUGAACCACUGGACCCCGGGGGCUCCACCCAAUACCUCCCAGGAGCCCCAAGCGCACUGGGAUGCGAAUACCCGCCACUUCCCCACCAUGAACUACACCACCAAGGUCCCCACGCUACUCUGAUCGCCGUGGCUAAAAGUGCCUAGCUCAAGUUUCUUUUAUUUAUCUUUAGCCUGCUAACUAAUGAAAAUGUGUUACUAAGGAACAAUCAUUCGGUAAGAUAGAUAAUAAGUUACAAUCAACGGCUUUCCCACUUCAUGGUUAUUGUGACAGAAAAGUAGAUUCUAUGAGGUACUUUUUCUUAUUCUUUUGUCUUUAUUAGUCUUCCUCAGGCCUAUGGGACAAAAUUCAUUCUCCAUCAUGGAUUUUAGUUUCCUGAAAUCAAAAUUAGUCUUUUUUUUUUUGUACCACGAGUUGCAACAAAACGGAAGAGACACAACCUGUCCCAGAGACACAGAAAAACAAUGACCAACUGGGGGAUACAGAACGGGAGUUCACCUGUAACAACGUGCCAUUUCCCCCCAUCCUUUAGAUUGUGCUUUGUCCGAUGAUGACUUUUUUUGUGGAUAUUAACAGACAAAAAUGUGGCCUUUUUAUUUGCUCCGGUACCCCUGAUGACUAACAAGGUGUCUGACUCAAUGCUGCCCCCAACUGGACAUGUAGAAUGUUACACAAUUUUUCUUUUUUAAUUGCGACGUGUGCAUUAAAAUGGGACAGAACCACUAACGACGUAUAUAGCGGCUAACAUGUCUAGCAUUUUGCUAAUUUUACAGGAACUAACUUAACGCUGAAAAAAAAACAAAAAAACAUAUUGCUCUUUGAACCGCUGUCUUGUUAGUGGACCAACGUUAAUUUAUUAUUGUUGCCAAAACAUUGUUUUUUAAAAAAUGUUUG